UUAUAAAACAAUUAAAUAAUAACGGAAGAAAAGAUAAAGAUUAACCUUGUAGGUCAGAAAUUGAUUCUUGCAAACUUAAAGUUAUACAUGGGCUAUUGGCCACUCAUCUAUUUAUGGGCAGCUUCCUCGAUUUACUGGUGAUGGAGAAGAAGCUUACAAGUAGGCUCUCUUCCCUUAAUUUCUCACAGGGAUUUCCCAGAUAUCCUUCUGCAAGUUCAGAUGUUUGUCGUAAGUUACUCUGCUCAUCUUUAGAAACUUACCUUGAGCCUGUUGAGAACUGUGUUCUUCAUCAAAGUCCAGAUCCAGACAACUGCACAGCUGCUUACUUCAAGAGCGGUCUUUUUUUCUUUGAAACUUGUGUUGAUUGAGUGUUCUAUGAAACUCCUAGAGUCUAUGGAUGAGACGACGGGAACACAACACCAGGAGAUGGAUGAAACGAGUACUGCUAAGAAGAAGGCACUCCUCUCUGCUAUUCGAUUUAUCUCAGCACAACCAUCUGUGAAAUAAGUUGAGGCAAUUGAAUAAAGCAGUCAGAAGGUAGCGAAGAAUGUGACGAUGGCAACCUUAUCGAUGGAGAUGGAUGAGCCUCUAACUGAACAGUUGAGCUAGACUAUGUCUGUAGUGGAAAAGAUGGUCAACUUAGCCAGAGAAACCCUUCUGUUUCAGGAGACGGUCAAAAAUACUCUAAAAAUGAGAAGAAUGUGAUGAUGGAAACAACUUUGAUGGAGACAAAUGAACCUCUGAUUGUAAAAUUGAACCAAAUUAUGACUGCUCUGCACUUGAAGGUCAGCAAAGUCAAUGAUCCCCUACAUUUGAGGAGAUGGCAAGAAACAGUCAGCUAUUGGUGAAGAAUGUGAUUAUGGGAAUCUAGUGAAUUUGGAUGACUGAAAUCAGAAUUGCACCAUUGAAACAUUCUAUAGUUGUACUGGACUAGAUAACUAGCUUAGCCAAUGAGCUUUAAUUCAAUAUUGAGGAGAUGGCAAGAAGCAAUCAAACAAUUCUGAAGAGUGUGACGAUGGAAACAGUUCAAGCGGGGAUGGAUGAGAUCAGUAUUGUGAAAUUGAGCCCAAAAAUACUUGUACAGAGUUGGAAGGAGAUAUUAGUCUAUGUUCUCCUUAAUGUGGAAAUGGAGUUCGAGACCAAGGAGAAACAUGCGAUGACUAAAAUUCCAUGAGUUUGGACGGAUGUGAUUCUUCCUGCAAUAUUGAAGAAAAUUAUAUAUGAACUAAGGAUGUUACACUUGCUAGAGACAUUUGAAUAUCAAAAUUCUUACCUCCAAUA